UUGCAGAGGACUGGCCUUUUGGUGUCGAAAUGUGCAAAUUAGUACCCUUCAUUCAAAAGGCAUCAGUGGGCAUCACAGUGUUGAGUUUGUGCGCCCUCAGUAUAGAUAGGUACCGAGCAGUUGCUUCUUGGAGUCGCAUUAAAGGAAUUGGAGUGCCAAAGUGGACUGCUGUUGAAAUUGUACUGAUCUGGGUUAUAUCAGUGAUAUUGGCUGUUCCAGAAGCUAUUGCUUUUGACAUGUUUACAAUGGAGUACAGAGGAAAGAAUCUUAGAAUCUGCCUGCUUCACCCCAUGCAGAAAACAUCCUUUAUGAUGUUUUACAAGCAAGCUAAAGACUGGUGGCUGUUUAGCUUUUACUUCUGUUUGCCACUGGCUAUCACAGCGUUUUUCUAUACUCUCAUGACCUGUGAGAUGUUACGAAAGAAAAGUGGGAUGCAGAUUGCUUUAAAUGACCACUUAAAACAGAGACGUGAGGUGGCCAAAACUGUGUUCUGUCUGGUACUUGUUUUUGCCUUGUGUUGGCUCCCACUUCACUUAAGCAGAAUAUUGAAGCUCACUAUUUAUGAUCAGAAGGACCCCAACAGAUGUGAACUUUUAAGCUUUUUUCUUGUAAUGGACUACAUUGGUAUUAACAUGGCUUCACUGAAUUCCUGCAUCAAUCCUAUAGCUCUGUAUUUGGUGAGCAAAAGAUUCCAAAACUGCUUUAAGUCAUGCUUGUGUUGCUGGUGCCAAUCCAAAGAUCUAUUGUCCCUGGAGGAAAGGCAGUCCUGUUUAAAAUUCAAAGCUAAUGAUCACGGAUAUGAUAAUUUCCGCUCUAGUAACAAGUACAGCUCUUCGUAAAACAAGCAUAAAAGGUAUAUCCUCUUACAUUAAUGCUGGUGCCUUUUUAAGUAAAAGUGGCAAUUACUUCUAACGAGAUGGUAACGUUUAAAAAAUCUAGUUUUGUGUUUCCACAAAAAAGGUUAUUAAAAAAAAAUAAUUGCCCCAAAACUGUGUCAUGUUCAAAAUCAUGGGCGUUUAUAAAAUCAUCGUUUAUGGAACAUGAAGAAAAGCAUAGAGAGAACAAGUUGUUGUUAGCACUUGAAUACUUCUGAAUCAGCACUUCCAAAUGAUCCCCACUUCCUGUACAUUAAACGAUCAUUUGUAUUCACUAUAACAGUUGUAGGAACUGAAGUCACAGUAAUUACUGAGCAAUAUAAUAUAACAUUAAUUGGAUCAAAGCCAUUAUUAUAUAUAACUCAAUGUAUUAUCUUUUAUAAAGCAGAUUAACCACCAUCGCUAUUGUGGUGUGUUUUUUUUUUUUAAAUAAAACAUGAAAUAGCUUGUAAUAGAAGUUUAAAUGUAAAAAAGUAGAAUUUUUAUCAGAGGUGUUGUAGAGGUAGCUAAUGAAAAUAUUAAAGGAUGCAGUCAA